AAGGUAGAUACGGCCUUAGCCCCGACGCUCCAGCAGUAUCCAUUUUACGAGGUUGCUGGGACCUGCGGGCACCCCGUCGCUCUCUCAGUGUCGUCUCUCACUCUACCAUUCACCUACUCCAGCACAAGCCAAGCGUGUGGGGGCGACGGUAAGGGCAGGAUGCGUCCUGUGGAUCCUAUCUGGAUCGUGUCGUGGAAUCCUCGUCUUUCAUCGACACGAAACUACUUCGAGCGACCUACGACGCGUGUGUCGAGGCGUUGCCCACUGCCGGCAUGAACCCUUCGGCGUUGAUUCAGAUGGUCAACGUGCUGUCUCUCACGCUGGCUCAACUGGCUGGGUCACUGGUCCAGGCCUCGAAGGAUAUUGAUAGUUUGUUAGAGGAAGUCUGGGACGGCGUACAACGACAGCAAGGCCAAGCCUGACGCGCUCACUCGAGCUGUCGUGACGUGUAUGUUCCAGCCAGUAUUCCUGCUGCGAGCUGAGCUGACUUCGACGAUGAAGCUCUGGCUGGCAGGGAUUAU